GUGUUGUGCAUAAUAUCAACAUAUUUCACUUCCACAACUAAUUAGUUGAACAAUGUCAGUCAAUCUGUUCAUGAUAGUCGCUGUAAUUUCUUAUCAAACUGUGUAUACAGUUGUGAGCAUUCCUACAACAACUGAGAUGAACAGCAAUACCAGUGCAUCGAAUAAAUCAUCAAGUCUACUGAAUUGGAGAAAUACAAUCUCACAAUGUGUUCGAUUGUAUAUGGAACCAAAUCAACUUGGUGAUUGGUUUGAUAUAUGUGAUAGUAAUGAGCUGCUCUCAUCAACAUUUAUUUGGAGAAUCAAAUCGAUUUGUACACCUGCAAAUACGAAUCCAUUCAGAAAAACAUAUUGGUUAAUAUAUGAACGAUCUCAUUUCGCAGGACCUUACAUUCUACUCGGUUCCAGUAAAUGUAUUGACGAUAUAAAUCAGUAUAAACUUUCGGCAACUAUGUCAGUACUGAUCUGUGUAGAGAAACUAACGGCAAAAUGGGAUGUGUUUGUUUCUUGUCAAUAUCCAAAACGACCAUGGAGGGAAUUUUUCCCAGUAAACUGGCACUCAGAUUAUAAAGUCAUAUCUAAAUCUGGAACGGAAUCAGCUGAUGAAGCAGAAGCUUCCUCACUGGAAGAAAUAGAAAGUUUGUUGGAACUACAGAAGAACAGUGUCAACAAUAAAUAAUUACAAGUACAAUCUCUUCGUUUUAAUUCCGUUCAUCGAAAAUUCAAGUGCAUGCUGAUAUCAGUGUAUUGCGUGAUAGAGAGAGAGAGCUUAAAAUGAUGUUUGUAGUUGUUUUGAAUCAAUGGACGUAAGUAGUUUGAACUGAAUCACGAUGAAUAUUGACUGAUAUUUAUGACGGAUAACAGUUCAAUAUGCAUUGUUUUGUGUCUUUAUAGACCACUAGUUAUCACGUAAUUUAUUCGCAAAUGAAAUUACUACUUAUUCACUCGUGUACUCUUCUAAUCCAAUGACGUUCGUUCGGUCUGAUCAGCCUAGCGUCCCCUUAAUCCAUUGCUCAUCUAGCCCGUCCCUCUGAUUCUACAAUGCCAACAACAGCUUCCACUAUGCGAAUUAUUUAUUUCAGACAUACUGGGUUUAUAUAUCAACCAGACAGACCGCAACGCACCAUAAGUAGGAAAUAACAUUUAUACACAAUAAAGCCAGAAAGUGACUGUGAACGUGGGAGACCGUAAUCAAUAAACUGAGUAUAACUUAUGAACAGAA